CUUCAUUUCUUCCCAGUCUGGUUUCUUCAACGAUGGCCAAAACGCACACGUUCACCUACAAAGCGGCACCUGACAACGCUGGAGGUCAGGUGGAGAUCGCCGUCGAUGUUCACCUGCCCGACUCGGCCAAGGCAGGCGACAAAUUGCCUUGCCUUGUCUGGAUCCACGGCGGAGGGCUGUUUCAAAGUAACAAAGCCCAGAUUCCAGCCCACUUCCUGAGGGCCCCUGAUCGGCAUGGCAUUGCUAUCGUCAGUCCGGACUACAGGCUCGCUCCUCAAGUCCGUCUGCCUUCCAUUUUGGAGGAUAUCUCUGACUUUGCCAACUUCUUGCUCGAUGGCACACUGAACAAAAAGCUCGUCAGCCAGCAGGCAGCAGAGCUAGAUCUCACCAAAGCUGGCCUCUCGGGUGCCUCUGCCGGAGGCUUCCUUGCGAACCUGCUCGCUCUUGGCCUCUGCCCCAACUUUUCGAUCGAGCAAGCCAGCAAGGCAUUCCGAUUCGUGGCCCUAGAGUACCCAUCCUCGGAUCUGACGACUGACCAAUUCACCAAGCCCUGUCGUCCGUUCAUGGGCUACCUCGCAGAGCAGGAUCCCGAUCCGCUCUUCCGGGAGUUCGCCGAUCCUCAAUCCAAGGUCAGCAAUGGAAGCGACAUUCCGCAGUCAUCGCACAGGAACAGGUUCUUCAUGUAUGCCCAGCAGACGGGUCGCUACCAGAACUUCAUCUACGGAGACAACGCGGCCGACCUGAUUCGGCAGACUACUGUCCCCUCUACGGUUCAGAAGAGCCCCAAGGAGCACCUCCUGCCCGUCUUUGUCGUACAUGGUGCUGCGGACUCUGCAGUUGAUGUGGACCAAUCCCGUACACUCGUGAAUGCCUACCGUACCAUUGGACAUACCGACGUCGAGUAUGUCGAGCUGAAGGACACAGAUCAUCUUUUUGAUGCCUUCGACGCGACGGUCGAGCUUGAGCCAUGGUGGGACUUUGUCACCAAGAGGCUUACAGCAAAGUGAAUUCGCAAGUGGACUCUAGGUUCCACAAGCGGGGCCGAGUCGGUGCGACAAGAAGCUUCAUAAAGAUGGAGAAAGUGGUGUUGGAAGACUUUCAUCACUGCACAACAUUGCAUUUAUGGGAAAAAGUUGCUCUGAUGAUGUAUGGGGUUCGGCCUUUAGGGCCUCUUGUGCU